AUGAGUGAACCUUCGAUUGAAAAGAAACAAAGUAGAGUCGAGGUAGACACUAUUUCAUCUUUUGAGACGUACAAAGGGGACUAUGAUCCAAAAGAUAUCGAACUAUUGGCUCCAGCUUUGGAAAUCAAAGAUAAGCUUUUCAGUCUAGACAAUGUUAGAGAAUACUUCAAGAAGAAAGGACCGGAUUACUACGAUCAGAUAGCUACAAAACGGUCUGUAUUUGAGGACCCUGAUCCAGAAAUUCUGAAAAAGUACUUUCCAACUUCCAAAUGGGAGAACUUUGCUUCGUUUGAUCCAUAUUUCAGAUGGACAAGAAGGGAAGACAGGGAAGCAACCAGAAAGUUGGAUUUGAAAAUCUUGUCCAUCGUGUGUUUUUUGUUUUUCGCUUUAAACGUGGACAGAGGUAACUUUGGAGCCGCGAUCGCUGGUGGUAUACUUAAAGACUUGAAAUUAUCCACCGACGAUUUCAAUUUGGGAAACAAUUUAAGAUCCAUUGGCUUUAUAAUAGUGGAAAUUCCGUCUCAAAUGGUCGGCAAACGAUUUGGGCCCGACUGGUGGAUGCCGCUACAAGUUGUUUUAUGGUCUUUCGUUACUUUGUUCCAAUUUUUUCUAGCUGGUAGAAAGUCAUACUUGGCAUUGAGGUUUUUGCUUGGAAUUACUCAAGGAGGCUUUAUUGCAGACUCGGUUCAAUACCUUUCCUAUUAUUAUACCAGAGACCAAAUGGCAAUAAGGUUGACUCUCUUUUGGUCGGUGCUUUCGAUAUCCAGUAUUAUAAGCAAUUUGAUGUCGAUUGGCUUGCUACUGAUUAACCUGAACGGGAAAGAGGGAUGGAGAUGGUUAUUUCUUUAUGAAGGUCUUCUCACCCUUGUGAUUGGAACUGCAUCCUUCUUUCUCAUGGUUCCUGGACCAACACAAACCAAAACGAAACUUUUUCCCAAUGGAUAUUUUACAGAAAGAGAGGAGAAAAUUAUCGUCAAUCGAUUGGUGCGUGAUGAUCCCUCCAAGUCAGAUAUGCACAAUCGCGAAGCUGUCACUUUCAAGCAAUUCAUUCAGGCGUUGUCAGAUUACGAUACUUGGCCGCUACUUCUCGUUUCGUUGACAUUUCUAUUACCCCAAUUUCCGAUGUCCGCCUACAUCAAUAUAAUUUUGAGGGGUCUUGGGUUCUCUCGAAACAAAACGAUUUUUCUCAACAUUCCCAUUGACUUUUUCUACGCGGUGACAAUGAUAGUCAUCUCAUUCGCUAGUGAGAUAUUCAACGAACGGGCAAUUAUCUGUAUAAUUCCCCAAAUAUGGAUGCUAAUACCAAUUGCAAUCAAUUAUGCGAGGGCUGAUUCCAUUCUGGCGUGGGGAAAAUAUGCCAUACUCUUCGUCGUGCUUUCAGCUCCCAACGUCCAAGGAGUUCUCGUGUCGUGGGUAUCACGAACGUCGUAUUCUGUCAGAACAAGAACUGUUGCUUCACCAAUGUCCAAUAUUGGUAUCCAGCUUGCUUUAAUAGCUGCACAAAACGUGUACCGUAAGGAUGAUGCUCCGCUUUACCAUCGGGGUAACCGAGCUCUUGUGGGUGUCUGUUGCAUGAAUAUAGUUCUUUUUGCUUUCUGCAAGUUUUACUAUAUUGCACGGAACAAGUACAAAAGAGGCAAGUGGGAAGCAAUGAGCAAUUCUGAGAAACAAGAAUACCUCUCCAAGCAUCAAGAUGAUGGAAACAAGAGACUAGAUUACCUCUUUGAGCACUGA